AAACAGGAAAACGUAAAAUUGUUGGUGAAAUAGCAAGGAGUUUGAGGAUGGUCAAGGAAGAAACAAGAACAAAAUAAAUUACAGUUGUCAAUGGAAUGAGGCGAAAAGAGGAAAACGUAAAAUUGUUGGUGGAUUAGCAAGGAGUUUGGGGAUGAUCGAGGAAGAAACAAGAAUAAAACAUAUCACAGUUGGCGACGGAAUGAGGCGGAAAAAGGAAGUCAAAAAAUGUUGUUGAUGGAAUAGCGACGCGAGCGCUCAAAGCUUACGGGCUAGCAAGUCGAUAUGCAGCGAGAAUUUACAAAAACAAAUGAACAUACAGAACAUAGGCGUUGAGCACCCCUUCCUUAGAUAUUAAUACUUAGUCUAAACAAGCAAGGUCAUAAUAAUGACCAAAAGUAUUGGUAAAUUGUAGUAAGAAUUGACAAAAGCUUAAAGUUACAUACUAGUAGUAGAUUGGUCAAGUUAUUGACCCAGCCAAAAAGAAAACUGAAUCAAACAUUGGGGUCACCAAGCAUUUGAGUCUUUCCCGCUGAUAAAUUAAAACCAAUUAAGCGCCUGAUAUGAUCUACUAGCACCUCCUCUUUGAUUAAUUGAAAGAUACCACCCUUGGAGUAACCUUUCGGAAGCCUGGACACCACAGUUGGAAGCCCAAUGUCGCUGUGGUUGGAACGCUCUAUAACCGGCUAUUUCCAGCUUUUCGGCCUGGUUUGCGGUUGGAGUGGGAGUCGAUUGGGCCGCCUGUUGGGCAGUAGCUUCCUAUUGGUCAUUUUAAUCGAGUUGGCCACUGAGAUAGGGGGCUAUUUCAAGGACUCGAUUCCGGAUGAUGGACCCCUGGCUUCGUACUUUGUGAAAACCAUUCAGGGAGUUAAUGUGGCCUACAAAAUGGUCCAUGCCUGGAUUGUCAUCAUGGCCCUGCUCCAAUGUCGACGUAAUCGUUGUCUGCUUGAGCAACUGCCUCUGGUGGGCAGUACUUCCUUUGCAUACAGACACCUAAUCCUAGAGCUUUUGCUAGUUGGAUGUGCUCUGGUCCUGGUCUUCUUGGAUUAUAGUAAGGGCGGGGAAUAUCUCACUACUUUGCAAUAUUCUUUUAGCCUUCAAGCUGUCCGAGCUCGUUAUCUGCAAAUGAUGCUUCUGGUGGAUCGCUUGGAUGGUCAACUGGAGCAACUACAUCACCGGGUGAUAAGCGGCACCAUAGACUACAAAACUCUUCGAUCGGAUUAUGCCCAACUGGCGAAAUUGUCUCGUUCGUUGUCGAAUCUCUUUGGCCUGUCGCUGCUCCUAAUGAAUAUCCUUUGCCUGGGUGACUGGAUAAUCGUCUGCAAUGUCUACUUUAUGGUGGAAUACCUAGAGGCCUUGCCCGCCUCCUGGUUUAUCUUUUGUCAGGCCAUGUUUGUUGUCUUGCCCACUCUCGGCAAGAUCUGGACCAUGUGCGCUGCCUGCCAUCGAUGUGUGGCAAAGUCCAAGCACUUGCAGGAGCAACUGAAGGAUCGACCUGGGCAGACACCUUUGGAAAGAAGUCAUAUCGAGGGAUUUGCCCUGCAGAUCAUGCAGGAUCCCAUACAGUUCGAUGUCUGUGGGAUCUAUCACCUUAACCUGCAGACCUUAGCUGGGAUGUUCUUCUUCAUUCUGGAGGCCCUGGUAAUAUUUCUGCAAUUCGUGUCCUUCGUGAGGACAUAGGCCAUGGACUAAUAAAUCAUGGGGGCUGGGUGAUAUAUCGGGGUCAGAGGUCAGCGGUGAGAACAUGCAACAUGAUUUGCUUGCCAAAAGCAAAAGGAAAAAAAAACACAAAAA